GCCAAUAAUUGAAGUAGCCUAUGGUUUCUUGCAUAACUAUAUAUAUUUAUGGCUGCAAGACUUUAGGACCAACACAAAUCAUUCACAACCUGGAGCAUUAAAAUUCAAAAGUUUAUUUUAAAGUCUUAGACGAUUCUCUUCUCCAGUCUCUAACACAAUCAAUAUAACAAUGGGUUUCCGUUUACCUGGUAUCAGAAGGGCAUUAUUUGCUGCAAAUCAAGCAUCUUCAAAAGUAGUGGAAAUGCCAAAGGGCUAUCUUGCAGCCUAUGUUGGAGAGAAAAUGAGGCGUUUUGUGAUCCCUGUAUCAUACUUGAACCAACCUUCAUUCCAAGAAUUGUUGAACCAAGCGGAGGAAGAGUUUGAAUAUGAUCAUCCCAUGGGUGGUCUCACAAUUCCUUGCAGCGAAGAUGUCUUCCAACGCAUAACUUCUCGCUUGAGUGGACAGUAAAUCUCACUGUAGGAGACAGACAGAUUAGUGGAGACAUUUUGUACUAAUAGGCAUUGUCUCGACUUGUAAAAAUCCCCCUUUUGUGAGAAAUAGGGAAAAGAAAGACCAUCAGAAUGACAAAAUCACAUUAUAUAAUUUUUUUGUGUGUAUAACGACAAUGAAUUAAAUUACUCAA